AUGCCUAUUACAUAUAGUCGUGGAAAUGUGAGAAAAUUAGCUUUUCGAGCAAGAGGAAAGUCAGCACAGUCUCUUGAUGUCAGCGCACCGCGAGUAGAUACAAAUGCUGGUGGAGAUGGUCGACAAUUUCUUCAAAUACGACCUGCUUUGGCUGAUCAUCGUAAUGCCACAUUACAACGCUCUAACACAAUACUUUCUGGAAAUAGUUAUGUAUGUAAGGAAGAUGUUAAAGAAGAUGCCAUUAAUCUACAAGCUGUGGGUGAAGGUAAAGUGCAACUAUCUAGGACUCCACAAGAAAAAGAUCGUUUACCCGAUAGGAUAAGCCUCGACAGACGAGGACUUUCUUCAAUACCACAUAUCGUAGGAGAACCCGGGCUACGCUUACUAUCACUACAGCAUAAUUUAAUAAACACGCUGUCUGGAUUGUGCCCUUUAGAUUUAAGCAAAUUAGUUUUCCUCGAUGUUUACGACAAUCAAAUUGAUAAAAUAUCAUCGCUUGAAAGAGUCUUCAGUCUAAGAGUAUUAUUAAUGGGCAAAAACAGAAUAAAGAGAAUAGAAGGUUUAUCAAAUCUGUUGAAAUUAGAAGUAUUAGAUUUACACGGUAACAGGAUAACAAAGGUAGGAGGCUUAUCUAAUCAGAGCGAGCUCAAAGUUCUUAAUUUGGCCGGUAAUCAAAUAAAAUGCAUUGGGCAAAUGGAUCUUCAAGGAUUGGUAUCUUUACGAGAAUUAAAUUUAAAGCGGAAUAGAUUGAGAAAGUUGCUGGGCUUUCAAAAUACAAUUAAACUACAAAAAUUAUAUCUUGGAAAUAAUGAUUUGCAAAGCAUAGAAGAUGUUUCAUCCGUAGCGGAAGCCACCACAUUAACAGAAGUAUCUUUAGAUGGAAAUCCAGUAGCUCUAGGCGGUGACUGCACACCAUUUUUAGUGUCUUAUCUCCCAAAUCUUGUAACUCUUACAAAUAUGCAUGUCAGCGAUCAGGUUCGUCGAGCUGCAAUGGCUUGGCGAAGUAACAAAGAAGCAGCACAUGCAGCAUAUUGUGCACUCAGUGGUUCCGCUCAACAAGCCGCUCGGCGUGAUCAAAUAAUACACAAUGCACGAACUAAUUGGGAAUUACUAAGAUCAGAAAACAAAUGCUUCGGUAAUACUGCAAGUCCACUUAAACAAGUAGACAUUGAAAAAGAGCUUAAACUUCAAACAUCUUCAGAAGCAGUUACUCAAACUGACGACACACAAGUUGUUCCAACUUCCGUGAUCCCUGAUCUCAUAGCAUCUACAAGACAUGUGGAAGCCGAAGAUUCAGAUUCCAAAGUAAAUAAUAGUGAUACUAGCCGUAAAACUUCCACUGAAAACUUAAACUCUAAUCCGCCACUACGAAAGUUGCAAAGAAGUUCAACUGCUCGAAAACCUUCUGAAAGACGUGUAAACUUUUCUGAGCGAAGUGCUUCGCAGGAAACAGAUGCAUCUCAUUCAACGUCUACUAGUAGUGAUCUAAGAUUACCACCAAUUUUACUGCCAAUAAUAUCCUCACUGGAAAACGUUAAACUAUCCGACAGUUCAGAACCUAUUUUAAAAAGAUGGGAGAGUAUUUCAAGUGUCGAUCCAGUAGGAGAUUCAUCAAUUAGUUCCUUACCCUCUUCUACUAGUGACAGUGAAGAAGAAUUAAACAAAAGACAAUUCCGAAGGUGUCCUACAGUGUUAAGAAGAAGAGAAAAUUUUGGCACAAUGCGAUCUAAAUCUGUUUGCGAUCCGGAAAGUAGAAGAAUAAAAACGAAUAUCAAAAAUUGUGACAACAGUGAGAAUGCUAGUAACAUUUCUUGUAAUACAAACCAAGGUUCUAUUGCAACGUCUUCAACGUCGGGUAGUGACAAUAACAGUAAAACUUUAAAACGACAAGCUUCUCUCAAUAGUAGAAUAAGUAAUAGAAACAUACGCAGUGCUACCAUAACAAGAAGAAGUGAAAGAGCGUCAUCAGCACAUCGAGCGUCAACAGCUCGAAGUAAGCCGAAGCAAACUAAUUUAGCAAAUUUGAAAUCAUCAGAACCAGUUUCUAAAACGAUCCCGAUGUCAAAAGAUAGAGAGCAAGGGGUCGACUAUUUAGUUGAAGUAAGCGAUGGACUGGUAAGUGCGUGGGGUGCUGGUGCAGUGCGUCGUCUAGCACGCGAAUGGGAGUGGGAGCGAGCCCGGACUGUAACAAAAGCUGCCUUUCAUUAUGUCCAUUUUAAUGCCGUUGCUCAAUCGUUGCCAGAAUUAAAAGCAAAAUUUCCGAAUGUUACCCACCUGUCGGUUCGUGCAACUGGGCUUCAACACUUAGGGCAACUACACGCUUUAGCUGAGCUACGAGGAUUAACAGGUUUAACUAUAAUGCCAGAAGGUAAUCCUAUCUUUAUGAAAACCUGGCGAGAGUACGCAAUAUACAGACUUGCUCAUUGGGGACUCAAGGAAAUUAACGAUGAACCGGUAACCGAUGAAGAAAUAAAAUCUGCUAAUCAAACGUAUAAUGGCUUAAGUGAUAUAGUACUACGUGCGUUACCCGACGCUCCUUUGCAACCUCUACUUUCUAGGCUAGGCAAAAACGGGAAUAGUUCCGCCAGUGCUAAGGCUUGGCUGAGAGCCGCCGAUCCUGCUCUAAGAGAUGUUAUCGCUAAAGAAGCACUCCAAUAUAAAAAGGGACACGUCUCGCAGGAGGAUAUGAACUGGAGAGUUCGUGGUGGUGGUCAACUGUCACACGCUAUUGAAUUGGCAUGCGGAGCCGCUGUACGUCUUCGCACCCUCGAGCUCCAAUGGCCUACCAUAUUUGUUGAUAUGAUUGAAGAUGUGCUAAAAGAUUUCGCAGACAUGGAUUCCCAUGUUAAAGAUCAAAUGCGUAUGCUCAUGGACUCUUUG